AUGAGCUUAAAGUUCGCAAUACAUUCGAGGCUUUACGAUAGUGUUGCAAGUUUGUUUGCGAGAACUGCGCGUGUGAAUUUAGCCGGUCAUUGUAUUAUCGACAGAAUAUUGCGGGGAAGUAAAUCUGACUGGUGUACAAGAAAAAUAGGUCAAGGAGUUUUAACAGCGAAUCGCUUUUGUUCAGAUAGAAAAAUGAAUAAACGAAAAUUGGACGAUCAAAACGCUGCAGAAAUUGUUGACAAUGUUGAAAAAACUAUUAAAGUUUUAAAAGUGAAUGAUGAUAAUUCGACAGUUGAUAAGUGUGAAAAUUUAUUAAACUCUGAUCUCGAAAUUAAUACCAAAAGCACCAAUACUGAUACCGACGAAGAUCUGCUAUUGUGGUUGCAGAGCAUUCAGGAGGACAAUGGCGUAGAAAAACAAAAGGCGAAGCUCGAAACUAAAGCUUUAAAGGCCAAACGUCCCGGAUUCACCGAUGAUCGAUAUAACGAGACUUCGUAUUACAUUGAAAACGGUCUACGUAAAGUCUAUCCGUAUUAUUUUACCUUUACAACGUUCACGAAAGGUCGCUGGGUGGGCGAGAAGAUCCUCGACAUCUUCGCUAAGGAGUUCAGAGCGCAUCCUGCCGAGGAAUACGAGCGGUGCAUACAAGCGGGAACUUUGACCGUUAAUUACGAAAAAGUUCCAACAGAUUAUAAACUUAAACAUAACGAUCUGCUGGCCAACGUUGUACAUAGACAUGAAGUGCCCGUGACUAGUCAACCGAUCACCAUUGUGCACAUGGACGAGGAUAUUGUGGUGGUCAACAAACCUGCCUCUAUACCUGUACAUCCAUGCGGAAGGUACAGACACAACACCGUAGUUUUUAUUUUAGCUAAAGAGUACAAUCUAAAGAACCUUCGGACAAUACACAGACUAGACCGAUUAACCAGUGGCCUUCUGCUUUUCGGUAGAACGCCGAAAAAAGCUAGACAAAUGGAACACCAAAUCCGCAACCGGUUAGUAUCUAAGGAGUACGUUUGUAGGGUGGAAGGCGAAUUCCCAGACGAAACGAUCGAAUGUAACCAACCAAUAGAAGUGGUUAGUUAUAAAAUAGGAGUUUGUAAAGUUUCGCCGAAAGGUAAAGAUUGCAUGACUGUAUUUCAAAAACUUGGCUACAACGGCAAGACUAGCGUUAUAUUGUGCAAACCGAAGACGGGCAGGAUGCACCAAAUACGGGUCCACCUCCAGUAUUUAGGCCAUCCCGUAGUUAACGAUCCUUUGUACAAUCACGAGGUGUUCGGUCCUUUGAAGGGCAAAGGCGGCGACCUCGGGGGUAAGACCGACGAGGAACUCGUCAGAGAUCUUAUCCACAUUCACAACGCGGAGAAUUGGCUCGGAAUGGACGGGGACAGCGAGCUGUCGAUGUUCAACAGUCGAAAAUCCGAUUUAGAUGAAUCUUUAGUUGGACCAAUUGUGCCUAAAGAACGUGUUUUGGGAGACGACGACGCUGAUUCGGUGUCGCGCGAGGCGUCGCCCUGCGAAGAACCGUGCGACAAUUCGACGGCAGCAUCUCAGGACCCAUCUAAAGUUCCCGUAGACUCUAUAAAUAAUAACAGUAGUUGUAGUAGUGGUAGUGGUAACAAUAUCGACGUGAAAGUGACGGUGGCCACGCAGACCGGCCAAGAGGCUCCCGAUCUGGCCUUCAACCACGAGAAAAUGACGGUCGACAAACACUGUUACGAGUGCAAAGUGCGAUAUAGGGAUCCCAAGCCGCAGGAUCUGGUCAUGUAUCUGCACGCGUGGAAAUACAGGGGUCCUGGAUGGGAGUACGUUACAGAGCUGCCCGAUUGGGCGCAAGUGGAAUGGAUGGAGUUGGACGUAUCCGAGUGA